AUGAAUUCGGGACCACCGCAGUCGACAGCAACGCGAACGAUUAUCUCGCAAAACGCCAAACUCCAAAGCUUUCGCAAUAGGUUCCAGCCUCAAUGGCCUGAGUUGCAAUUCGCCGUGGUUCCUGCCGAGCGCCCAGUCCAGCACGGUCCCGCCAUAGUUUCCAAUUCGUCGCCGGCUACGGCAUUGCAAUCCACAGCCUUGCAAACACCGCAGAAUUGGCAACCGUCUCCAUUCUCAAGCGUACCAGCGCCGCUGCAGUCAACUGACCCACUGCACCCAGAAGAUCACUACUGGCGUCAACCGAGGUCCGUGGAGGUGCAGUCCUCUGCGCUCGCAGCUCUCCGUCAUCACUUCCAAUUUGGCCUAUCGGUGCUCACACCCACGGCCAUGUCGGCGCUGAUGGAGCUGGAGAUCAACUUGGAUGACGCAAACCUUCCUACGAACAAGUUGCUGUUCGACUCACGACGUCCUCUCGAUCCAACUUCUGCGCAGGGCCCCUACGUUUCGCUGGACUCUGACGCGGGCUCCACGGACGCUGCUCUCACUGAGGUUGCUGCGAAAACAAUGUUCCGGGCUCGAGAAGCGAGGCUUCACUCGUCGAUGAAUGGCUUAGCCGGCCUCAUUAGUCCGCUGGUUGAGUGCGCAGAAUGUGUGCAGUUGGGUGCGCAGAUCGAGGCGCAGACCAAAGAGAUCGCAGACCUGAACUCCCAAAACGCGGUGCAGUCGACGGCAGUUGAAGCCCUCACAGACUCUGUAAGGGCUCUGACGGACGAAGUUAAGAAGUUGAAGACGAUGAGCAAGAUGUUGUUGGAGCUGGCGGUGGGCGACCCUCGCGAGACCAAGCGCAGCCGUGGUAUGCAGCAAGCCGACCAGCAGCCUCUAGCGCAAACUAUCGACUUGCUCCGGGCUCAACUCACACUUUUCAACGAGCCAGAGCUCGAGGAGAAGCCGCAUCCCAGCGUUAUCGAGCAGGUCCGUGGCCAGAACCAGCAAGUCGAUGGAAAUCAGCGCUCGACCCAACUCACUGGCCGUCAGCAGUCGUCCCAGCUCAACGCUAACAGCGAGCUCGUUGUCGAAAUCGUGAAGCCAGGCGAUCUUCGGGCAAUGGAGGAAGAGCUCGCUGCGAUUCUACGGCGCCGUUGA